GCUUUAUAAUAACAGCCCUCAACCAUAUUCCAGAGUAACAGCUAUUAUAGUGUCUUAAAACACUUCAAAUAUCAGAAUAUAUAAUUUCUUGUUCUUUAUAGGAGAGGGAAAAAGCCACUCUUUUUCUAAGUUCUAAUGAUGAGAGCAAAAGCCAACAAUGAGUACUACUUCUCAUCCACUCCAACCACCACUUCCUCCUCCUCCGCCGCCUCUCACUCGGUGGAUUCCGGGAACUCAAAUUCCCCUUCUUCCGCCUCUAGUUGUAAGAGCUCCUCCGCUGUCAAGAACCGGGGCGGAAAUAAGAAAAGGAGAAAAGUAGAGGGCGAAGAUAAACAUCCGACUUAUCGCGGGGUGCGAAAGCGAAAUUGGGGAAAAUGGGUGUCCGAAAUCAGAGAGCCGAGGAAGAAGUCGAGGAUAUGGCUCGGGACGUAUCCCACGGCUGAAAUGGCGGCUCGAGCCCACGACGUGGCGGCUCUAGCCAUCAAGGGCCACGCGGCGUACCUCAAUUUCCCGCACUUAGCCGAUCAGCUCCCCCGGCCGGCUUCCAAAUCGCCCAAGGAUAUCCAAGCCGCCGCCGCAAAGGCCGCCGAAUCCCCCGCCAUCCACGGCGGAAGUCAGACGGAUCUACCGUGUUGUCGGUCUUCGAGCAAUUUAUUAACGCCGGAGAGCGUGCGAGAAGCGCUGAAUUCUCCGUCGACGCAAAACGACGACGACACAUUCUUCGACCUGCCGGAUCUCUUCACCGGGUGCACGAACCGGAACGGAUCGGCGUGGCAGCUGGCUGAAGCCGAUGCUGGACUCCGGCCAGAUGAGCCGUUUUUCUGGGAAUGCUACUAGCUUAUUAGGUAGACGAGCCGCCAGCCGGUGAGUCGGCGCAGCUUAAUUACUCCAGCUUUGAUAUUUAUAUAGGAAAUUCAAAGAAUAAAACAAGAAGGUCCCACUGGAUAAUAAAUCAUUUCGUGUUCAUAGAAAUAAUAAUCAAAUUAACAAACUCUGAAGUUUUGGUAGGAAAUUGAUUGAAUGAAUGAAUGAGGAAUAGCAGCAGCCAGCCAGCCAGCCACACCUUAGCAGUAGCAGUUCACAUUUGUUGUUUAUCUUUAUUUGCUAACAAAUCCCUGAAUUCAUGUUAAAUUAUUUUGUCAAAAGUAUGUAGUCAUAAAUAACUUUUUGUACGCUUGUGAGUUGUGAGAUUUCUUCUUUCCUUUUGGAGGGUUUGCAGGGGACAAAAUGUAUUUCGCUUGAAUUAUUAUUACUUAUGAUUAAAUAAAGCUGGACACAUUAUAUUUUUG